GCAAACAGGAAGUUUGAUACUUGCAUAGCUCUUAGUUUCGAUGUUAGAAGUUAUCGAGCUUCUUCUGGGCAUUGUCUUUGGUAUUAAAAAGUCUCAUGUAGAUGAAUGGCAGCUAGGAGGGGGCUGCCUUGUAACCAGUGUACAGGGACUACCACCACUCUUCAAAAACUUGAAGGUUUUGCUAGCCGAUUGUUUCAUAGACAGCCUAAGGGUGCAGCUCAUGAUUUGAAAACAGAUCUGGAAAAUGAGAGCCUUCAUUUCUCUGAAUACACUGCCUUAUGGGACAGAUCAAUGAGAGACUUCCUGUCCAAGGCCAAGGAAGAAUUCUUGAGGAAAUGGGAAAAUCCCACCCAGAGGAAUGGAAUGGGCUGCCUCAGGAGGUGGUGGGGGCUCCUUCCUUGGAGGUCUGCAAGCAGAGGCUGGACGAGCGCUUGUCGGACUACUGCUGCUCUGGAGGACUUUGAGAGAAAGAAAACUCUUGGAACUGGAUCAUUUGGACGUGUCAUGCUUGUGAAACACAAGGCUACUGAACAGUAUUAUGCUAUGAAAAUCCUUGAUAAGCAGAAGAAAGAGAAGACUCUGGUAGAGAAUACUUGCACUAGACAAGGCAAAUGUGCUCCACAAACACAGCAGGAAAAAGUUGUUAAGCUGAAGCAGAUUGAGCAUACCUUGAAUGAGAAAAGGAUCCUUCAGGCUGUGAAUUUUCCUUUCCUGGUCAAGCUGGAAUAUGCUUUCAAGGACAAUUCUAACCUGUACAUGGUUAUGGAAUAUGUGCCCGGUGGUGAGAUGUUUUCCCACCUGAGAAAGAUUGGCCGAUUCAGCGAGCCCCAUGCCCGCUUCUAUGCCUCCCAGAUUGUUCUGACUUUUGAGUAUCUUCAUGCUCUUGACCUGGUCUAUCGUGACCUGAAGCCUGAAAAUCUUCUGAUUGACAAAUAUGGAUACAUCCUGGUCACUGACUUUGGAUUCGCCAAAAGGGUGAAGGGCAGAACCUGGACCCUUUGUGGAACCCCUGAAUACUUGGCUCCUGAGAUCAUCCUCAGCAAGGGAUACAACAAGGCCGUGGACUGGUGGGCCCUGGGAGUGCUGAUCUAUGAGAUGACCGCUGGUUAUCCUCCCUUCUUUGCUGACCAGCCCAUCCAGAUCUACGAAAAGAUCAUUUCCGGAAAGGUCCGUUUCCCCUCCCACUUCAGCUCCGAACUCAAGGACCUUCUGAGGAACCUGCUCCAGGUUGACCUGACUAAGCGUUUCGGGAACCUGAAGAAUGGUGUUGGUGACAUCAAGCACCACCGUUGGUUUUCUGCCAUUGACUGGAUUGCCAUUUUUCAGAGAAAAGUGGAAGCGCCAUUCGUUCCCCGCUACCGAGGUGCUGGCGAUACCAGCAACUUCGAUGAUUACGAAGAAGAGGACAUCCGUGUCUCUCUUACCGAGAAAUGUGCGAAGGAAUUCGCUGAUUUUUAAAGUGGGCCCAGCAGGUCUCACCCUUUUGCACCAUGUUAUAAGAAAAGGCGAAGCUGAACAUCAUCGUGUAACAACAGUGAUACCAUCUAGUUCCU